UCCACUUACCCUUGCAGCGGAGACGCAACUUUACUCGAUUCCUUUCUUCAGGCGGCAUGGAACGGCGCGUGCUUCUUCCACCGCGCCAAAGAUUUCAGCUUUAGAGUUACUCCGACAUUAGGGGCGGGAUGGAAGCAUGGAGUACUAGGGUGGCUCAGUUCUUGCUGUUCUCCUUCGUUUUGGGUCAGAGGCAUGGGUUUUGUGCCUCCCUCGGUGAAGAAGGACGAGCUACGAGAUUCAGAGAAGGAAUACAAGGGGAUCCAAGUGGAUCCUUAUCGAAUUCAGGAGAAAAGAAUCACUACCCUUGGUUUGAACUGGGGUGUUCGGAUCAUGGCAGACCACUGGCCUCCUUAGUCGAGGGAAACAAGGUGUCAACUGAAAUUUCUGCAGAGCUGCAAGAUCGUACCAUGAUUUCAGAGGUUUUAGCUGAUGGAGGGCAACAGUCAUGCAGAAAAUGCUUAACAAAAACCAUACAGAGUACCACUCUGAGGAAACUCCUACAGACAGGGUGGCAUCAAGACUCAACAUCCGCGUCCAACCAGCGACAUCGCAGCCAUCAUCCCAUGUCCCCUUCCCCUCCGCCGUCGCAACCUGAAACCAAGUCUUCUUCUGUAUCUCAUUUGGCUAUCUACGCGUUGUGCAUCGGUGGAGCACUUGGCCUGGUGGUUAUAGCCUCUAUCAUGUAUCUACUCUCCCGUAGAAAGAAAGAUAACACCGUCAUUCCAUGGGCUACCGGGCUGAGUGGACAGCUAAGCAAAGCCUUUGUGACAGGUGUUCCUUCUUUAGGAAGGACCGAACUCGAGGCAGCGUGUGAGAAUUUCAGCAAUGUGAUUGGUACUGAAUCUGACUGUGCAUUGUACAAGGGAACUCUGUCAAGUGGAGUUGAAAUUGCAGUUGCCUCCAGUCCAGUUAAGUCUCCCGAAGAAUGGUUGGCUUGGUCUGAGGAACAAUUUAGGAACAAGAUCUCUGUGCUGUCCAAAGUGAACCAUAAGAACUUCAUGAACCUACUUGGUUAUUGCGCAUGUGAUGACGAGCCAUUCACCAGGAUGAUGGUGUUUGAGUAUGCUCCAUGUGGUUCCCUCUUUGAGCAUUUGCACAUUAGAGAAGCAGAACACUUGGACUGGCCUACUCGGCUCCGCAUCAUCAUGGGAGUAACAUACUGCUUAGAGCACAUGAACCAACUAGACCCUCCUUUUACCCCAAGAACACUGAACUCCUCAUCCAUCUACCUGACGGAAGACUACGCAGCCAAGCUCUCCGACACCGAAUUCUCGAUGCAAACCACAGACCAAGACAGCAUCGUCUACAAGUUUGGGAUACUGCUGCUUGAGAUAAUCUCCGGUCGGUUGCCGUUCUCUGAAGACCAUGGCCUACUUGUCCUCUGGGCUUCGAGCUAUCUGGACGGCAAGAGACCGCUCAGUGCAAUGCCUGAUCCGAUGCUCAGGGCGUCAUCGUCCGUGCCUGAUGAAGACUUGGCAGCACUGUGUGAUGUUGUGAGGCUGUGCAUAAACCGCGAUACAGAGAAGAGGCCAUCCAUGAACGAGGUUGCAAGUCUGAUGAAAGGUGUCAUCAGAUUGUCACCGGAGCAGACGACCCCGAGGAAUAACCCGCUGUGGUGGGCUGAGCUUGAGAUUAUCUCCACGGAAUCCACUUGAAAUGUGGAUCCACAUCAAAGGGUAGGAUAAGUAGUUUAGUUUUUAUCUUUUAGUUUCUUCUUCAUUACUUAUUUUGUAUGAUAUAACACACUCCGUUUGGCCUCCUCUUUUUUUUUGUCCGUGGAUCAGUGUGAGCCUGCGAAUUUGUAAAAGUUGAGAGAAAGAAAAAUAGUAAUUAUCAAGGUUAGACGUAUUUACAUUU